AUGGCAGAUUAUCACCGUGGUGCUACGGAAAGUCCCGACAAUGACAGAUGGAGACACUCAGUAGAAAAGGAGGAAGACCAUCAAUCAGAAGAGAAUGUGAUCACUCAUGUUGCGGAUCCAUUUGGGGAUGAAGCUAAUGCCGAAACCAAAUAUCGGACGUUAGAAUGGUGGCAAUGCGGUAUGAUAAUGAUCGCAGAAACCAUCUCACUGGGCAUUCUGUCUCUGCCGUCGGCUAUGGCAGUGCUAGGCCUUGUCCCUGCACUCAUUCUCAUUGUCGGGCUUGGUGUAGUCUCAACAUAUACUGGUUACGUGAUCGGUCAAUUCAAACUCCGAUAUCCGCAAGUACAUAGUAUGGGCGAUGCUGGGGAGCUGCUUUUUCAUCCUCUUGGCCUGUCUCGCUUCGGUAGAGAGUUCUUGGGAACUGCUCAACUGUUGUUUCUGAUUUUCGUCAUGGGCAGUCAUCUGUUAACUUUUAGUGUCAUGUUGGAUACAGUCACAGAUCAUGCUACCUGCUCCAUUGUAUUUGGAAUAGUUGGCUUGGUCGUCUCGUUUAUCUUUGCCUUGCCCCGAACCCUUCGCAAGGUCUCCUGGUUCUCUUUUGCUUCUUUUGCAAGUAUCAUUGCCGCACUCCUGAUUACUAUGAUUGCCAUUGCCGUCCAGCGCCCGGGUGACGGUAAGAUAGACGCGACAACAACAGUCAGUCUUUCAAAGGGGUUCCUUGCUGUGACGAAUAUCGUUUUUGCUUAUGCUGGUCAUGUGGCUUUCUUUGGUUUUAUUUCUGAGAUGAAGACCCCAACGGACUAUCCCAAGACGCUAUACCUACUCCAAAUAACAGAUACAAGUAUGUAUGUGAUAGCCGCUGUUGUUAUCUACAUAUACGGUGGAAAGGAUGUGAAAUCGCCCGCCCUAAGUUCGACAAGCCCAAUCACGGCCAAGGUUGCAUAUGGAAUCGCUAUCCCUACGAUUGUCAUAGCCGGUGUUAUCAACGGGCACGUCGCAGCAAAAUAUGUCUACGUCCGCCUAUUCCGCGGCACAGACCACAUGCAAAAGCGCACCUUUUUUUCAGUGGGAUCCUGGAUUUUGAUUACUCUUAUCUUAUGGGUGAUAGCUUGGAUCAUUUCUGAGGCAAUCCCUGUGUUCAAUACCUUACUCAGUUUGAUUACUUCCCUUUUCGCUAGCUGGUUUACCUAUGGCUUAAGUGGUGUAUUCUGGCUGUUCCUGAACCGAGGCCAGUAUUGGGCUUCUUGGAAAAAGAUGGUCCUGACUGCUAUCAACCUGGUGAUUGUCGCAAUUGGUGCAUGCUUGUGCGGUAUGGGUCUCUGGGUAUCUGGUAAAGCUAUUCAUGAUGAUUCGAGCGGUGCCAGCUUUUCCUGUGCUGCCAAGAGUGGAUGA